AAGAAAAACUUUUAUGGAUGGUUAAUCAAAAUUUCCAAGUCUUGUCUGCUGUUUACUUUAGUUCAAUUCUCAUAGACUUCAAAGUUGAAUAUGUAUAACCCUGCUUCUAACAUGACACAAGCUCAAUCAGAAGAUCACAGGGAGGAUCCAACAGAAGUACUAAACACUGGUUUGUCUUCUUCCAACAAGAAUUUACCAAACCAUGAAUUUAGCAAACUGAAACAAGAUGAAGUAGCUAUAGUUAUGGUUCCAUUUCCAGCUCAAGGCCAUCUCAACCAACUUCUCCAACUUUCAUGUUUAAUCUCCUCCUAUGAUCUUCCUGUCUACUAUGUUGGCUCGGCCACACAUAAUCGUCAAGCCAGGAUUCGAGCCAACUCCUUAAAUCCUUCAGACAUAGCCAAAGUCCACUUCCAUGACCUCCCAACUCCUGAAUUUGCCUCACCAUCACCUGACUUUAAUGCCGUGAACAAAUUCCCAUCACAUCUUCAGCCAUCAUGGGAUGCUUCUAUGCUUCUUCGCGAGCCCAUUGCUUCUUUCUUACGGGAUAUUUCAUCAAAAGCAAGACGAGUCAUUGUUGUUCAUGAUCCUUUAAUGUCCUAUAAUGUUCAGGAUGUUACUUCUUUGCCCAAUGCUGAAUCCUAUAUGUUUAAUUGCAUUUCAGCUUUCACUUCAUACAGUAUGAUAUACUUAUUUUUUGAGAUGUCUGUCCAACAUGAAGAAGAAUUGCUUAAAAAGCUACCCUCCCUUGAAGGAAUUAUGACAGAUGAAAUCAGGGAUUUAUCAGCUUUUCAGCUUCGGUAUCGAGAUAUUCGAUCAGGUGAUAUCCAUAAUACAAGCAAAGUAAUUGAAGGCAAGUAUCUUGAUUUGCUGGCACAAGCAGAAAUUAAUCAGAACAAGAAAAAUUGGGCAAUUGGACCUAUUCUGCCAACUAAACUCGAUCAUAUCUCAAAUAGGAACGAUAUAUGUUUGGAAUGGCUGAACAAACAACUUCCAAGAUCAGUUCUUUAUAUAUCUUUUGGAACAACAACUUCACUUUCCGAUAGAGAAAUCAAGGAGCUCGCAAUGGGAUUAGAACAAAGCAAACAGAGGUUCCUAUGGGUGUUGAGAGACGCCGAUAGAGGAGAUAUCUUUACUGGGGAAGAUAGAAGAGUUGAGCUGCCAGAAGGGUUUGAGGAGAGAGUAAAAGAUGUAGGCUUAGUGGUAAGAGAAUGGGCACCACAACCAGAAAUCUUGGCUCAUACGUCCACAGGCGGGUUCAUGAGUCAUUGUGGAUGGAAUUCUUGUAUAGAGAGUAUUACUAUGGGAGUGCCUAUAGCUGCUUGGCCUAUGCACUCUGAUCAACCGAGAAAUGGUUUCUUGUUGACGGAAGUGUUGAAAAUAGGACUGCUUGUGAGGGAGUGGGAGAAACGCGAGGAGCUAGUAAGUGCAUCCACGAUUGAGAAUGUCGUGAGGAAGUUGAUGGCAUCAGAAGAAGGCGAUGUGAUUGGAAAAAGAGCAGAAGAAUUGGGAGAAGCUGUAAGGCGGUCCACAGAGAAAGGGGGAGCUUCUCAAAUGGAGUUGGAAUCUUUUGUCGCGCAUAUCACAAGAUAGACUUGUUUUUCGCCAGAAUUUUGAAGUAUUUUGGUUACUUUUCUUAGACAUAUGUAGCAGAGUUUGUUACAAAAUGUCAAAAUUAUAUUGAAGAACCACAUUUGAGACAAACAAUGUAUGUUUCCUGUUAUUCUGUAGUAAUGGAGCAUUACAAGAUCAUUUAGAAAGUUUUGACAUGAACUUGUCUGAACUAAAAACAGAUUUUGAAAAAGUAAUCAAAGAACUUGAACUG